GCUCUCCAAGUUGUUUCAGUACUUUAAGAACAUUCGAGAGAAAAUGAAUAUGGAUAAUCUCGGGCUCUCCAAGAUCUAAGAAUAUCAAUCUGAAGGCGCAGUACACAGUAUCUCCUUUUCUCUCGAUUGAAUGACACCAGAAGUUUGAGAAUGCCGGUUUUGGAAAGGCAACCGUCAAGAGACCAAGGGGAUCAGAGUGGUCUUCUGAAGUUGCCAGUCCCAGCCUUACAGCAAACACUUGACAUGUAUCUAAGGUGUAUGAGACACCUGGUCUCCGAAGAGCAGUUCAGAAGGACAAAGGACAUCACAGAGAAGUUUGGCGCACCUGGGGGGCUAGGAGAAUUACUUCAGGAAAAGCUACUGGAAAGAAAAGAGACUAAAGACAACUGGGUAUACGACUACUGGCUUGAAGAUAUGUAUUUGAAUAACAGACUAGCACUACCUGUCAACUCUAGCCCUGUUAUGGUCUUCCCUAAUCAGAACUUCAGGGCUCAGAGUGACACACUCAGAUUUGCAGCUCAUCUCAUUUCAGGUGUGUUAGAAUACAAGUAUCUACUUGAUGGGCAUGCCCUACCAGUGGACUAUGCCCGGGGCCAGUUGGCUGGGACUCCCCUGUGUAUGGAGCAGUACUACAGGCUCUUCACCUCCUACCGUCUACCUGGAUCUAAGACAGAUACCCUGGUGGCUCAGGAGAGCAGUGUUAUGCCAGAACCAGAACAUGUCAUAGUAGCUUGUAAAAACCAGUUCUUUGUUCUUGAUGUAGUAAUCAACUUCCGGCGACUCAGUGAGAAAGACCUGUACACUCAGCUACAGAAGAUCAAGAGGAUGGCAGAUAGUGAAGAGGAGCAGUUGCCUCCUAUUGGACUGCUCACCUCAGAUGGCAGGACAGAGUGGGCAGAGGCUCGCAGCAUCCUUGUUAAAGAUUCUACCAACAGGGACUCUCUGGAUAUGAUCGAGCGCAGUGUGUGUGUGGUGUGCCUGGAUGAAUCCUGUGGCAUAGAGCCGAGUGCCACCAACCGAGCCAUGAUGAUGCUCCAUGGAGGAGGAGCAGACAGGAGCGGGGGAAACCGCUGGUAUGACAAGCCUUUGCAGUUUGUAGUAGGUGCAGAUGGGUGCUGUGGUGUUGUUUGUGAACACUCACCCUUUGAGGGGAUCGUGCUGGUCCAGUGCACAGAAUAUGUACUGAAGUACAUGAGAAACAGCCCUUCCAAGCUGGUAAGGGCAGAUAGUGUGAGUGAGCUGCCAGCACCAAGACGUCUUCGCUGGAAAUGCUCGCCAAAGAUCCAAGAACUCCUUACUGCUUCAGCAGACAAAUUACAAAGGCUUGUUAGAAAUCUUGACAUGAAUGUCCACAAGUUCAACAGUUAUGGGAAAGACUUCAUCAAGAAGCAGAAAAUGAGUCCUGAUGCUUAUAUACAAGUAGCUCUGCAGUUUGCAUUUUACAAAUGUCACAGAAGACCUGUUCCCACUUAUGAGAGUGCAUCAAUUCGUCGUUUCCAUCAGGGUCGAGUGGACAACAUUCGCUCUUCUACUGCUGAGGCUUUGGUGUUUGUGAAAUCGAUGACAGAUAAAAAUUCCAGUGUGACGGAUGCUGAGAAGAUGGAGAAGUUAUGGCACGCUAUUAGGGCACAAACCCAUUAUACAAUCUUGGCUAUCACAGGAAUGGCAAUAGACAAUCACUUACUUGGACUGCGUGAGAUAGCUAAGGAGCUCAACUUGGAGGAGCCUGAGAUAUUCACAGAUGAGACUUACGUCAUCAGCAACCAGUUCAUCCUCUCAACAAGUCAGGUCCCCACAACUGUGGAGAUGUUCUGCUGCUAUGGCCCAGUGGUCCCUAAUGGCUAUGGGGUCUGCUACAAUCCCCAGUCAGACCACAUAAUUUUCUCUGUGUCCAGUUUCCAUGACAGCCCUGGGACCUCUUCAGAUAUGUUUGUGAAAGCUAUUGUGGCAUGCCUACGAGAGAUGCAAGAUCUAUGCCGCAUUUCUAAUACUCAAGUCAAACCACAUACUUCCACAGAGAGUAUGGAGGAUGUCUCCCAGACAGUGAAAAAUGGGGGAAAGACAUAACAAUCCUGACAAGCUAGUACUCAUCUGUGAUGUUGAACUUUU